GGCGCCGCGGCGGCCCGAAGGCUCCCACCCCCUCCGCCCUCCCCUCGCCCUCCCCGUUGAUUUCUGGAUCAUUAAGUGGUUAAGGCGCUGCGGAGCCCUCACUAUCGAUCGCUGCCUCCCCACCACCGGCUGGCAGCCCCCAGCCCCGCGGCUCCGGGCAAGGGUGGGGUGACCGGGAAGGGGCCCCUGGUGAGGUCGGGGUUCCGUCCCCCCCCUCCCCACCCCCUCGGCGGCCAAAGUUUGACUCUGCCUCCCUCUCCCCCCCUCUCCUGUCUGUCUGUCUGAGUGCAGCUGGGCGCGAUGCUGAAGACGGAGCAGCCCUGGAUGUAACGCGCGGCGCCUCGGAGAGCCCUGCAGCAAUUGUUGCCCGGAUCCCACGCUGAACUUUGCUCUAUUUUUUUUUUCCCCUUUUAGAUUUUUUUCCUUUUUUUUUUUUCCUUUCGCUUUUUGUUGUUGUCGUCGCCGUUAUUGUUAAUUACCAACCCGCUUCCGCCGCGCCCUCCCCGCCAAUGCCUGUGUGAGCGCCGGCACCUCGCGGGGGCCAUGGAGGGCUCCACCGGCUUCGGGAUCGACUCCAUCCUCUCGCACCGAGCCGGCAGCCCGGCCGUGCCCAAGGGGGACCCGUUGGUGGGCGACGGCCGCUCCCCGCUGGAGCUGAGCCCCCGCUCGGAGGGCAGCAGCGGGUGCCCCUCUCCGCGUUCCCCGGAGGCGGCGGUGCGGCCGGGCCUGGACGCGCACCUGCAGCCGGGGCAGCUCUCGGCUCCCUCCCAGUCCCGAACCGUCACCUCCUCCUUCCUCAUCAGAGACAUCCUGGCCGACUGCAAACCCCUGGCCGCCUGCGCGCCUUACUCCAGCACCAAUGGACCUCACGGCGGGCAGGAGGCGGCGGGCAGGAUUCCCACCAAACCCGGAGAGGACUUUAGGGAGAAAAUGGAAAAAACCACCAGCAGCUCCUCCUCGGACUCCGAAUACAAAGUGAAAGAAGAAGGGGACCGGGAGAUCUCCAGUUCCCGGGACAGCCCCCCGGUGCGGCUGAAAAAGCCUCGCAAAGCCCGCACCGCCUUCACCGACCACCAGCUGGCCCAGCUGGAGCGCAGCUUCGAGAGGCAGAAAUACCUGAGCGUGCAGGACAGGAUGGAGUUGGCCGCCUCCCUCAACCUCACCGACACGCAGGUGAAAACGUGGUACCAGAACAGAAGGUAA